AUGACUGCCUCACUCCUUACCCUAGAUAUCAAAGGCGCCUUUGAUUCCGUACUUCCUGGCAGACUAAUCCACAGACUACGUGAGCAGGGCUGGCCAACCAAUCUCGUUCUCUGGAUUGCCUCCUUCACUACUGGAAGAUCAGUUCAGAUCCGACUCGAUGGAGAGAUCGGCCCCUCAACAAACAUUACCUGCGGUCUUCCACAAGGAUCCCCAGUAUCUGGCAUUCUAUUCAUGCUCUACAUAGCGCCUCUAUUCCGUCUAGGAAACCCAAGGAACAGAUUUGGUUACGCGGACGACGCAGCCAACCUAGCGAUCUCAACUUCUCUUGCUACUAAUUGCGAAGCCUUAUCAGACUCACUUCAAGAAGCUCUUAAUUGGGGCGCUGCAGAGGGCAUUACAUUUGCACCAGAUAAAUACGAGCUUCUUCACUUCUCCCAACAUAAAGCAGACCAGGACCCAACCCGCACACCUUCAGUGAAAGCUAGAUCUAUUACAAUAUCAGAAAACACUAAACGGCUAUAUCUACAAUGGCUAGGAAUCCUCUUUGACAAAAAGCUAACGUUCAAAUGGCACGUUAGAGAAACAGCAUCUAAAGCCCUUACUAUGGCCAACGCUCUUCGCUCUCUAGGGAAUACUGUUCAAGGAGUUAAACCUGAUUUACUACAGCAGGCUGUAUCAGCCUGUGUACUCCAUAAAGCAUACUAUGGCGCAGAAACCUGGUGGCCAGGACGUACUCGCCCUGGACCUUCCCAGAUUUCAAACCGAGUUGGAGAACAUCUUGAGAAACUAACUAAAGUAAUACUAACAGGCGCAAGAGCAGUCCUUCCAGUCUUCCGCACAACCCUAAAGCCAGUCCUUUAUCGAGAGUCUAGAUUCUCUCCACCAGAAAUCGAACUAGAUCGAAUAGCCCUCCUUGCAACUGUCCGCCUACGGCGUCUCGACCCUUAUCACCCACUUCGAAGACGCGCAGAACAGAUCGCUAGUAAUGGCCAACAAAUCAGCCGAUUUGCCCGCCGUACACUGGCCCUCCCAAACUCUGAACAGAUAAACCCUCUCCAAUACGCUCCCUGGCACCCUCGCGAGCCUCGUGGGAAUGCUCAAGCUCGAAUAGGAGCUCCCAUGGGACGCACUAAGGAACAGGCAGCGGCUAAUUUCAUGGCUUUUCAACGUACCAUCCCUAGCUCAGAUAUUUUCCUCCGCUCCUCACUCUCAUACGGACACGGGAAAGAGGUCUUCAACGCAGAAGCAGAAGCAGCUCUAGCUGGCGCUCAAGCAGCAAUAGCGUACCCAACAGCUCAAUUUGCUACCAACCUAUGGAUCUGCCUUGACAACCUGGAAGUUGCCAUACGCCUUCUAUCUCCCUCUACAGGAUCUUCCCAAGAAAUCUUUGAAUCCUUCCACACCCUUGCAGCCGCCUGGCCACUUCGCAAAAGGCUUCCUCACACCAAAAGCGGAUCUAUCCAAAUCCGAUGGGUCCCUGGACACGUCAAAAUCCCUGAGAACGAAGCGGCUGAUCUCGCUGCCAAAGAGGGAGCUGCUUCAAUCCCUCCUGCUCCUCACAAAUCCUCAUACGCCUCGCUAAAGAGAUACGCCAAGACUCAAUCCCUAUCCGCUGCUCAGUCACAAUGGGAGAAGGUGGCACCACAGAGCUAUCAAGAUCUAGAAAUAACCACUUCCCCUAAGCGCCCUGGGGAGCUUCAACUCAACCGACUUGACCUCGGCCAUGUUAUUGCGGCCCGUACUGGUCACGGAGACUUUGCAGACUACCAUGAACGCUUCAACCAUGAUGAUGCUUAUCUUCUCUGCCGAUGCGGAGCACGAAAAGCACCUCUGCACUUCUUCUUCUGUCAUAUAGCUAAGAGACGAGCCCCUCGGCCUCCUGGGCCCCCUUCUGAGGUCAUCUCUUUUCUCUUAGGCACUGCUAAAGGAGCACAAAAGCUAGCCACAUGGCUAGCAGAGACCCACUUCUUUGAGGAUAUCUGCCCUCGCCAACCUCUCCUUAGCACCUAG